AUGUCGGCUAAACAGGUGGUAUUGACCGACAAAGCCCCGGCGCCCCUCCCAGUCCUUUCACAAGGGAUUAUCCACAAUGGGAUCGUUUACUGCUCGGGUCAAGUUGGCAUUGAUCCUGCUUCCAAACAGAUGGUUGAAGGUACUGUGCAGGACCGCACCGCCCAAAUCUUCCGGAACCUUUCUGCAGUGCUUGAGAAAGCGGGUUCGAGUCUCGAGAAGGUUAUCAAGGUCAACGUCUUCCUGGCGAACAUGGACGAUUUUAGCGCCAUGAAUGAGAUCUAUAGUCAAUUCCUGAACCAGGAACCAAAGCCGGUACGUUAUCUCGCCACAUUGUCCGUAUUAAAAGCAAUUCUGAAGCUAACAAUGCACCAUGAAGGUCCGAACUUGCGUGGCGGUCAAGUCACUCCCUUUAGGAACAGACGUGGAGAUUGA